CGUUUUCUUACUAUUUUUCUCAUCCUUCACUACCAAAUAUUACAUUUGACUACAAUGGAUUCUAAAAUAUCAUUUCUCUUCCUUGGCCUAUUGGCCAUGGUUCUUCUUAUUUCCUCAGAAGUGUCAGCUAGGGCAUUGACUGAGACUUCCACUAAUGCCAAAAAAGAGGAGGUUGUUGAAAAGUCAGAUGAAGUAAAUGAUGCCAAACAUUUUGGUUACGGAGGCUAUGGUGGUUACGGAGGCUAUGGUGGAGGCUAUGGCGGUUACCGUGGAGGCUACGGUGGUUACCACGGUGGAUAUGGUGGAUACCAUGGCGGUGGCGGAGGUUACAAUGGUGGAUACGGUGGCUACCAUGGUGGUGGUGGUGGUUACAAGGGUGGCUACGGUGGCUACCAUGGUGGCGGCGGUGGUUACAAGGGUGGCUAUGGUGGUUACCAUGGUGGUGGAUAUGGUCAUGGAGGAGGCUAUGGUGGUGGUGGUGGUGGUGGAGGAGGAGGUUAUGGUGGUGGUGGAGGCGGUGGUGGCGGUGGUGGAGGAGGCUAUGGUGGUGGCGGUGGCGGUGGCGGUGGUUACAUUGGUGAUGAGGUUGCCAACAAUGGUAACUGAUUAUAUCACCAUGCAUGCAUGCAUGUUUUAAGUGUAAUAAAUUUCUAAGACUAAAUAACGUUGGGGGAUGAACAAAAGCGGUAAUUUGCGGCUAUGUAUUAUUUAUCUUCCCACAAGAUAUUUCAUAUCUCUAUUAAUCGUUUGUAAAAUCAUUAUCACUAUGUAUAUAUGUGGUAAUGAGUUUGAUAUCGAACCAAAUUUGUUAUUGUGUGCUUGUGUGUAAUACAUCAAAUCUCAUCUUUCUCUAAAGAAAUUUACCGAUUAAAAAAUUAA